AUGCAGUCCCAUAGGGACGUCCCUUCCCUGUGGAGGUUGCUAUCACUGCUGUUGCUACUGGGCCUGGGGUUGCCUCUAGCCAUCUCCCAGACUCUCAGCUACAGGGAGGCUGUGCUCCAUGCUGUGGAUGCCUUCAUCCAGCAGUCCUUGGACAUCAAUCUCUACCUUCUUUUAGACCUGGAUUCUGAGCCCCAAGAGGAUGAGGACCCAGAUACUCCCAAUUAUGUGAGGUUCCGAGUGAAGAAGACUCUGUGUGGCAAGGCAAUGCUGCAGAUACCUGAGCAAUGUGCCUUCAAGGAACAGGGGGUGGUGAAGCAGUAUAUGGGGACAAUCACCCUGAACCCGGCCUCAGAUUCUUUUGACAUCAGCUGUAAUGGGCCUGGUAUACAGCCCUUUCGGUUCAAGAAAGUUUCAUGGCUGGCUGGACUCCUCCGGAAAGGUGGGGAGAAGAUUGGUGAAAAGCUUAAGAAAAUUGGCCAGAAAAUUAAGGAUUUUUUUUUUUUUCAGAAACUUGCACCUGAGACAGAGCAGUAGUCCUGCCUUGGCCUGUUUCUGGAUCCCUAAAAUAAUAAACUUGGUAAAAGAAACUUCUCUCAGUGGCUUUUGUAUUCAUUGUCUUUACCUGUGGAGGCUUUCUGAGCACAUGUGUGUGCUAUAAUUUUAUGUUCUCUAUGUGUGUGUGUGAGAAAGAGGAAGGUAACUGUCCAUUCAGGAGGUGUAUAUAAGUCAGCAGGGCAAGAGGUCCACUUUCAAAAGGUUUAUAGCCAGGCAGUGGAGUAUUCAUGUUUAAUUCUAGCACUUGGAG